UUUCACGUAAACACAUACACACGAUUGAGCACUAUAAACAUUACAGAGAUGUCAUUGAAGAUACUAUGUAUUCAUGGAUACAGACAGAAUGACCAAACAUUCAGAGAACGGACAGGUGCAUUUAGAAAAAUUAUUAAGAAAAUUUCAGAUCCAGUAUUUAUUUCAGCACCAAAUCUAGUACCACCACUAGACAGAAAUGAUGAGGAUGGUGCUACAGACAACAAUGAUCAGCGGGGAUGGUGGUUCUCUUCCCCGGAUGACCAGUACACAGCCCAGGACUACACAGACUGCUGUAAGGGCUACAAGGAAUCCCUAGAGAUUAUUGAGAAAGCCUUCAGAGAACAGGGGCCUUUCGAUGGUAUAUUAGCAUUUAGUCAAGGGGCAGCUAUGGCUUCAUUAAUUUGUGGACUGAAAGAGCAAGACCCAGAAGGUCCAUUCCAAUUUGACUUUGUAAUACUUGUUGCUGGAUUUAAAAGUCGCCAGAAACAACAUGAAAGUAUAUACAAAAAACCAAUAACAACACCAUCCUUACAUGUUUUUGGAGACUCUGACAAAGUUAUACAAAAAGAAAUGAGUGAAGAUUUGCUGCAGUACUUUGUUAAUCCAAGUGUUCUAAAACACUCUGGUGGACAUUUUAUACCAGUAUCCAGUAUACAGAAGAAAGUAUACAUAGAAUUCCUUCAGCCAUUCUUAGACAGGAAGAAAAAGCAAAUGACAGUGUGAUUUACAGUUAUAUUUCUAUUACAAUGUUCAAAUUAUGCAUGUAAUUGGAAAAGUGUUAGGUGAUAAUACAUAAGAAAAAUAAUAAAACUACAUAACAAUUAC